AGUGAGGGCGGGACAUCCUGCGCGGGGCGGAACUUCCGCCGCGGGGAGGGACGUCGGCCGCGGCUGUGUUUUAAUGGGCAUCGGCGAGCGCUGGAGGAUGCGGGCGAGUCGGCGGUGUGAGCGGUUUACAGGGAUUUAAAGUUGAGGAAAAAGCUAAAGUGUACGUUUGGCUUGGUGGUGGUGCAAGUAAUGAACCCUUUCUGGAGCAUGUCUACAAGUUCUGCUCGAAAGAAAUCUGACAGUGAAGAAAGAAGUGCAUCUGGUGAACAGAAGACGAGUCCACCAAGGUCUUCAGCAACCAAGAAACAGUUGCCCUCUAUACCAAAAAAUGCCAUUCCUGUAACUAAACCGAUAUCUCCUAUCACAUCUACACAGUCAACAAAUGGUACACAUGCUUCUUAUGGUCCGUUCUACCUAGAAUAUUCACUCCUUGCUGAAUUUACCUUAGUUGUAAAGCAAAAACUGCCUGGUGUGUACAUACAACCUUCCUAUGGCUCCGCAUUAAUGUGGUUUGGAGUGAUUUUCAUUAGACAUGGGUUAUACCAGGAUGGCGUUUUUAAAUUUACGAUUUACAUCCCUGACAACUAUCCAGAUGGCGAUUGUCCUCGCUUGAUAUUUGAUAUACCAGUCUUCCAUCCAUUAGUCGAUCCAACGACAGGAGAAUUAGAUGUAAAGAGAGCAUUCACAAAAUGGAGGCGAAAUCAUAAUCAUAUCUGGCAGGUGUUGAUGUAUGCCCGCCGGGUGUUCUACAAGAUUGAUACAGUUAAUCCCUUAAACCCUGAAGCUGCAGUACUAUAUGAAAAAGACAUUCAUUUAUUCAAAGGAAAAGUAAUUGAUAGUGUGAAACUAUGCAAUAGUCAUCUUUUUGAUCAACCUACAAUGGAUGACCCUUAUGCAAUUAGCUUUUCACCCUGGAAUCCAGCAGUGCACGAAGAAGCCAGAGAGAAGAUGUUAUCUCAAAAGAGGAAGCCUGAAGAUCAGAUGAAAAGCAUGCACGUGUCUGGUCUUUCCUGGGUCAAACCCGGUUCAACGCAGCCUUUCAGCAAGGAUGAAAACACUGCACAAACCUAGUACAUCUUAUCAACGGCACACCAGGCACUUUCUACCCAUUGAGGCAUAAUGGACGGUUAAUUGAGAUGUAAUUGUUUUGUGUUGGGGCAGAAGUUGGACUUUUUAGCAGUGACAGUUUAAGAACAAAACUGCAGAAGAUGGUGUUUCCUGACGCAUAAAUUAUAAAAUUUUAAUUUUUUUUUGUUUGAAUUCAACUUUUAACAAAGUUUGUAAGACUUGGAUUUUUUUGGAGACCUCUACUACCUAGGUAAUUUUGGCAAUACAACUAUCAAUUAUGUUGAGAUGGUUAAACUGAAUUGCGUGGUUCUUUCAUAAAGACGUCACCCUUUUUGUAAUACUGCCAUUAUGAUGUAGAAAUGUUUUUCAUGUUUCGGGGCUGGCCACUGGAGAUUUGUGAUUUUGAGUUUAGACAUUGAGUAAUCAUUCAGAUCAACCACGUUUUUGCAUAGUGUAUGACUUUUCCAUUUUCAUAAAGUCACAAUUGAGUUUUCUAAAUGUAAAUAUUAGCAUAUAAAUUUUGUAAAUAGCAUUUUUGACCCUAUAGUUAGCACUUUGAGAUGAAAUGGUGCUGAAAAUGACAUCAGUUCAUUGGAUGAUACAUUUGGUAGGUUGAUCUGUUGAAGGAACAGAGUGCUUUCGGUGAGCCAGAAGCUUGGUAAUUUUGGUGGUCUUGGCCCCAUUUUCAUGUUCUGAUAUCUUGUGCAAUAAAACAGCUCGUUGUGUUCUAAAAGUGCUGUUUACUUGCAGUGGGGUCUAUUAAAAGGUGAAAUAGCUGCAAGCCAAGCAACUGAUGUCAUGGCUUGAACUUUAAAAUAAAAACAAACGAACUGCAA